AUGUGGAAUGCUGCUCCAUUUAAAUUCACAUGGAGAAUUAACGACUUCUCCAAAUUGACAGAAAACAAGGUGGAUUCAGAAGUUUUCUGUGCUGGUGGUUGUAAUUGGCGUUUGUAUAUUUACCCCAAAGGAAACAAUGUGAAUUAUUUGUCAAUAUACCUGAAAGUUGCUGAUUCAACAAGUUUGCCACGAGGAUGGAGUAGAGAAGCAAGAUUUAGCUUCGCAGUUGUUAAUCAAAUCGAUAGCAGGUCCACAGUCAAGAAAGUUUCACAAAAACAAGUUGUAUUCAAUGAAAUGGGAAACCAUUGGGGCUACAGGUCUUUCAUUCCUCUUAGCAAAUUAAGAAAUCCUGCAGAAGGGUAUCUUGUGGGAGAUACCCUUAUAGUUGAAGCUGAGGUUCUUGUUUAUAAUGUCCAGCAUUACAGCUCAAGCAUUGACCCUAAAAAAGAAGUAGCUAGUAAUGAAACAAAGCUGUCUGAGCCAGUGGCUGCACCUGCACCACCAACAGAACAAAAGGAUACUGAAGCAAAGGUUGUCACAGGAACUCCUUUAACAACUAAACCAUUGAAGGAGACUAAAGAUCAAGCCAUUCAAACUACUGCUCCCACCAGUGAUCAAGAACUCAUCAAGUCAUCACCAUCUCCUUCAAUUACUGCUGAGACAAAGAUUCUUUCAAUGACUAAAGAGGCCAUUCAAGCUACUGCUCCCGCCAGUGAUAAAAAACUCAUCGAGUCAUCAUCACCGCCUCCUUCAAUUACUGCUGAGACAAAGACUCUUCCAAAGGCAGAACCUCCUCCUGAUGUGGUUGAGAAAAAGCUUCCUCCAGAAGAUCUUCCUUCUGAGACUAGAAAAUCUUCUCCAGAUGUGCAUACAAUAUCUUUGGGUCUCCUUACAGAACUUUCCAACAGGACUAGAACUCAGAGAUCUCCUUCGAGCAGUGAAAUCUCCAUGUCAAACCAAGCACCUAAUCCUGAAGUUUUGCAGAAACAAUUAGAAGGGUUCUUCAAUAUGCCUUUAGAGGCUAUACAGCAAGCUAAUGCCUAUGGCAGUAUUGAGGGAAUUAUCAGUUCACUCAUUCAAACUUGUAAUGAUUUGCGUGAGAAGACAAUUCUUGAAGAUCUUCUCUCCUUGGCAGAAUUUAAAGAGAGUAUUCCUGUGGCUAAAACCAUUACAGAAACUGCUCAAGCUCGCAGAACAUCUCUUUCAGGGAAAACCACUGACCUUGAUGCAAGAUUGGCACAAAGACAAAAGAAACUAAGUUUCUUGGAGAUUGAAUUCUCAAGACUUUCAAAAGAAGAAGAAAAACUAGAGGCUCAAAUUCAACUCUUAAUUACCCAGAAGGAGAAAAUUCUUGCUAACAAGAAGCAUGUUUUAGCUGACUUAGAGAAAAACAAUGAAGACGCUACAAAAGAUUUAGAAGAAUGGCGAAAUCUGGAAAGUGAAAUCAAGCAGGCGAAUGUCGAUUGGCUUGGAGCUAAAGAGAAACUAGCAUUAGCUAAUGUCCGUUGGAAACUCUUCAAGGAGGAUUUGGGUCUUGGAAAGCUUAACAUUUCGUAAUCACUUUUAUGUUGUUAAUUCCUUGGAUUUCUUAUAUUAUAUUAAUGGUCUCAUAAUUCAUCGCAAUUUGGCCGUGUAAUUAAGUGUACUUUAAUUUUAUUUUAAUUUUAAUAUACUCGUCUUGACGAAUCUAAGUGAAA